CGCUUCCCUCGCUUUCUCUUCUACAGCAGUCGCCCCGGCCAAUCACCGGCAACAGCGCCGAUAUGCAAAUGACGGAUGAAAAUACUGUCCAAUGAAAACGGGGCAAUGCGUCUGAGCUCUCGCCAAUGCGAAGCGGCGCCUAAGGGCAUGGGGUAUAAAUGACAGAAGCGGGCGGGACUUGUUGUCAUUGCAGAACGGGGUAUCGCUGAGGGUGGAAAGGUGGUGAUAGUGACAGGAGAGCGAGACACGGUGGGGCCUGAGGAAGAUAGGAAGAUUGGAAGCGUCAGGGUUACCUGUGAAGCAUGUCAGGCCGUGGGAAGUCCGGAGGGAAAGCCCGAGCCAAGGCCAAGUCCCGCUCCUCCAGAGCCGGACUCCAGUUCCCCGUAGGCCGCGUCCAUCGGCUGCUCCGGAAGGGAAAUUACGCGGAGCGUGUAGGGGCCGGGGCCCCGGUGUACCUGGCAGCGGUGUUGGAAUAUCUGUCCGCUGAAAUCCUGGAGUUGGCCGGGAACGCUGCCCGCGACAAUAAGAAAACCCGCAUCAUCCCCCGGCACCUGCAGUUGGCCAUCCGGAAUGAUGAGGAGCUCAAUAAACUGCUGGGAGGGGUCACCAUCGCCCAGGGGGGAGUCUUGCCCAACAUCCAGGCCGUGCUGCUCCCCAAGAAAACCCAGACAUCCAAAAAAUAAUCCUCUGACAAUUGGGGUCUGUACAUUUCUGCACCCGGAGAGCUCCCUCCUUUCUACAGCAAUGGCUCUAGUGGCUGCUGUACAUUCAUCUUUGGCAGGGGGCCCUCCAGCUGUGGGUGAACUACUUUAUCUUGUGUUCUGAUUGGAGGGAUCUGAGAGUUGUAGUUCAGCCAUAGUCAAUGGUUGCUGGUUAAUCACCUCAAGCUUUGUCAUAAAGUGAUACUGAGAGAAGGCUGUGGACAUUUGACUUGAUGCAGUAGAGCCAAUCCGGUGGCCGACUUCCUAUGAAACAAACUGAUGAAGAGGAGCCCAAAAUACGGGCCCUGAUCCCUGGGAGUCAUUAUUGUAUACGAGUCUGACACUCGUGUCCCUAAUAAUGGGCACUGCUGUUUGUCUGUCUGUAUCUCUUUAAGGGCAGAGACACUCGGGGAGAUUAGUAGCCUGGCGACAAACAGUCUCUUCUUCGCUUGCACUUUUAUUGUGUCAGGGUUGAAAACCGUGAUUUUGGUGGAAAUUGUUUGCACAUUUCAAGUCAAUUUUUGGUAGAAUAUUUUUGCGCUAAUGUAUUAUUUUUUUUUGUCCAGCUUUGGGUAUCCAGACAGCGGCGCAAACCAUAUUAAUAGGGUCCUAAGGACUGAUAGGGGGACACGGGGGGGCUGAUUUACUCUAAUUAAACUUUAUGUUUUCAUCACAACUGACAAAAAAAUCCUGAAUCUGAGUUAAAAAAAAUAUUGAAUCCGAAAAAUAUCAAAUUAUAAUGAAAAUUGGCAGCUCAAUUCUGGCGAGCUUCUAAUGACGUCAAUGGGAAGUUUAUUUUCAAAAUUUUAUUUGAAUUUUUUUCUAAUAAAUUCAAGAUUUUUACAGAA